AAUCUAACGUCGCUUCUACAAGUCACAAGUUAUCGGUAGAACAUUCCUUUAAAGAUAUAUGAUAUGAGUACUCUAGAAAUGUUCUUCAGGCAUUCUUAAGCUAUCUCGAGCAACUCUCUUAUUACAAAAUUCUAUUUAAACUCCACUAUAUGAAGUACUAUCUACACUGCACAAUAUUGUUUUACAUAAUUAUAUGUAUGAUCUGCUGCACACGUCCAAACACUGGGCCAUCUUCUCUCAGGUACGACCGUACGAGAAGGCCGGCAGCACCAACAAAAGCCACCAACUGCAGCUCUACCAUCCACAUCCAACUCUCAACGCAUUGCCCCCACGAGCCAUCUACACAAGCUAACUAGCUAAGCAAAAGAAUCACCGGCGCCACCAUGAAGCCGAUGUCCUCCGUGUUGUUCGUCCUGCUCAUCUUGCCGAUGUGCAGCAGGUCGUCCUCCCCGCUGCAAGACACAUGCAGGUCCUUCGCCGCCGGCCACCCGUCCAUCGGUUACGAGUACUGCAUUAGGGUCUUCCAGGCCGACAAGGACAGCGCCGAGGCCACGGACGCGCGUGGCCUCGCCGCCAUCGCGGCCAGGAUCGCCGAGGCGAAGGCCAAUGCGACGGCGGCGCGCAUCGCGGCCAUGGGCGCGCUCGAGAGGGACGCGAGGAGGCGGGACCGCCUGUCCGUGUGCGCCGAGGCAUACUCGGACGCCGUGGACCAGCUCGGGCAGGCAGAAGAGGAGCUCGCCCGCGGCGCGGAGGGCGGGGCGGCCGGCAUCGACGACGCGGUCACGCAGCUCAGCGCGGCGCUGGACGCGCCCGAGACGUGCGAGGACGCGUUCGGCGAGGCCGCCGACACGUCGCCGCUGGCCGGCGAGGACGCCGAGUUCAAGAAGCUGGCGACCGUCGCUCUCGCCGUCGCGGCGUCAUUGGUGCCGCCACCGUCAACGCCAAGGCCAAGGACCAUGGAUUCGGAGAACGCAAAGCUCCGAAGAGCACUGGCUCAUUUAAUUAGAGUAGUGGAGCAGCGUUGUGCCGACAUCGUCGACGUCGUCCACGGUGCCUUCCAACCAGUUAGCGGACCAGUCCUCAAUGAAAUGAAUCGUGCUUUAGUUCAGAUCGAGGACCUCGCCAAGGACCUUGAUCACCUAGCUCUGGAAAAAGACUGGGAGAUGGAGCACAUGGCCCCUUCUCCAAUUGCCUCAUCAUCAGAAACAGAGGAUGAGCUUCUGCUUGAUUAUGAUUCAGAGUUGAAUCCUGACGAUAUCGUCGGCUACGACGAUGGACGCGACUACUCCACCGAUGACACCUAUCCCUACUAGAUUAGCAUGCACCUAAGGAAUAUGUGUAUGUGUUAGGUUUAUGUGAGUCCAAGUAGUCUUUUGUAUGUGAACACAACAGAUGUGUGUCACAAGUGAGUGGUUUAGUUUAUGUCAUGUUUAUGAUGUCGACAACUAUCCGGACGCGAUGUUGAUGACAUGUUUAUGUUAACGUGGUCUGUUAAAUGUUAUGAACUUUGCAAUAUAUCUAGUCUGCACCACUUCUCAGUUU